AGCUCGACUGUCUUGCCUUCCCUCUCGAUCCUACUAUAUAAGAACAAAAGUUGCCCAUUUUGUCGAGCCCAAAUUGAGAGAGCAAUUAAGUAGUAGUUUCAUCCUAUCCUUUUGUUAGAGAGAAGCUCAAGCAAGUGAGAUCAAGAACAAGGGUUAUUAGACCGGCCGGCCAGGAUCGAUCUAAAUCAUCGCAGCAAGGCCAGGCCGGCAAGAUACGAGACAAAACUAACAAUGGCAAGUGAAGCGGCAUCCAUCAUCUCCAACCAGCAGCAGCAGCCGCCGUCUCAAGGACAAGAGCACCCUCUCCCUCCUCCAGCCAAGAAGAAGCGCAACCUCCCCGGCACACCAGACCCUGAUGCUGAGGUGAUCGCGCUGUCGCCGCGGACGCUGCUGGCGACGAACCGGUUCGUGUGCGAGAUAUGCGGCAAGGGGUUCCAGCGCGACCAGAACCUGCAGCUGCACCGGCGCGGCCACAACCUGCCCUGGAAGCUGCGGCAGCGCAGCGGCAAGGAGCCAAGGAAGCGCGUCUACGUGUGCCCCGAGAAGAGCUGCGUCCACCACAACCCGUCCCGCGCGCUCGGCGACCUCACCGGCAUCAAGAAGCACUUCUGCCGCAAGCACGGCGAGAAGAAGUGGAAGUGCGACAAGUGCAACAAACGCUACGCCGUCCAGUCCGACUGGAAGGCGCACUCCAAGACCUGCGGCACGCGCGAGUACCGAUGCGACUGCGGCACACUCUUCUCAAGGAGGGACAGCUUCAUCACGCACCGCGCCUUCUGCGACGCGCUGGCGGAGGAGACGGCCAGGCUCAACGCCACCGCGGCCGCGACGUCGUUCUGCGGCCAGAACUACCUCCUCGCCGGAUCGGCGGCGGGGCUGGCCGUGCGCCCCAACAUGAUGCUCCCCCCGGCCGCCGCCGCGAGCCUCAAGCCUGGCCAGCUUUUCGGUCCGGCAACGGCGGGCGUCGGGGACCUGUGCGACGACGGCGCGGCCCGUCACGGCGGCUUCUCGUUGUGGGGCAGCGACACGCUGCCGUCCGUAGGAGUAGGACACAUUGGUAGUGUUCUGGCCGGUUGCGGUGCGCCAGUGCCAUCGCAGCUGUACGCGGAUCUCUUCCCGCCGAGCUCCGGCGCACCGCCCCAGUUGGACGCGGCGCAGCUGGGCUGGCUGUACGGGAACGGCAAGCUAUCGUCGUCGAACGCCAGCGAGUUGACGAGCGCCUCAGCGGCAAAGGAGGCGGACAGCGUGCCGUCCGUGUUCAGCGGGCAGCAGCACGCGAAGCCCGCGGCGCCCAGCGACAUGUCCGCGACGGCGCUGCUGCAGAAGGCCGCGCAGAUCGGCGCCGUGACGUCGGGCACAGCGAUGCGGCUCGUGGGGGCCUUCGAGCCGGCCAAGCCCGGCGCACAGGUCGAGGCGUGCAACAAAUUCGAGGUUGGAGCUCUGUUUGGCGCAAGCCAGGAGAACGGCAACCUCGGGGGAACAAUGAGCGAGCUCACGGCGACCACCGGGAACGUGCCGCACGACGUUUUGUCGGCGGUGCGCCACGGCGGGCUGAAGGACGCCGUGGGGAGGGAUGAGACUAGGGAUUUCUUGGGCGUUGGCGUGCGAGCGCUGUGCUCCUCAUCGUUGCAUGGGUGGAUUUAAUUGGGCAGAUCGACUUAGUUACUUAAUUUGCAGGCCAAUCAUCUCAUGCAUGUAGCUAGCCAUGCAUUGAGAGAUCAUCAGUAGUGUUAAUUCGAAGCUACGUAUGUAAGCAGCAAUGGCAAGAAUUAAGGUGUCAUGCAUGCAACAAUGGCAACAAGUUUAUUUAUUCAGCUGUCAUUUAUAUAUAGUCUUGUCAUACUAGUAUAUGUGAUUUUAAUUUGGCA